AGCACCAACAGAAAUUACCCCCACAAACACACCGUUGAAACUCUUUCAAAUCUUUCGACAAGCCCUCUUGUGUGUGUGUGCUUCACCCCUGCAGCUAUUGGCCCCCUCGUCCACUCAUCCAUGACUGCCGAGUACACACGUGAGGAAGUGGCGAAGCACAACACGCCGCGCGACUACUGGACAAUUGUGGACGGUGAGGUGUAUCACUUUGACGUGGAGUUCAUCACCUUAGUGCACCCGGGUGGGCUGUACAUUCUGGAAGCCGCCGGCAAAGACGGCACGAAGCUUUUCCACGAGCACCACAAUCCAGAACGCGUAAUGGAUGUAAUGCGGGAGUUUCAGAUCGGAAAGCUGAAGCAGUGA